AUGUGCGCCAAAGAGAGAGCCAUCAUCACCACCGUGUUACUGGUGAGAGAAAGUGAGGAGGAAGAUGAGAGGAGGAGGAGAGUGACAGGAGGAAGGAUGAAGGUAGAGGGCGCUCCAGAAUCCAGUCCAGACCCGAAUCCUGGCUCAGAUCCUGGUCCAGACCCCAGUCCAGGUCUUGGUCCUGGUCCUGGUCCAGGUCUUGGUCCUGGUCCGGGCUCAGACCGGUGCAUGUGGCGCCUGCUGUCGGCUGUAGAACGCUCACUAGAGGCCGGGCGAGAGAAGGGUGACCCCACAGAGAGACAGCUCCGAGUCCGACUGGAGGAACCAGAGCUGUGGAGAAGGUUCAACUGUCUCACCAAUGAGAUGAUCGUCACCAAGACUGGCAGGAGGAUGUUUCCGGUCCUAAAGGUGUCGGUCUCGGGUCUGGAUCCCAGAUCCAUGUACUCAUUCCUGUUGGACUUUGCACCUGCCGACAGGUGCAGGUGGAAGUUUGUGAACGGGGAAUGGGUGUCAGCAGGACGUGCGGAGGGGCGGGGUCAGGCUGAGGGGCGGGGCCAUGGGGGUGUGUACAUUCAUCCUGAUUCGCCGAACUUCGGGUCUCACUGGAUGAAGGCGGCCGUCAGCUUCAGCAAAGUCAAACUCACCAACAGGAGCGGCCCUGCCAGCGGACAGAUCGUGCUAAACUCGCUGCACAGAUACGAGCCUCAGAUUCAUAUCGUGAGUGUCGGCUCCAGACACAGACUCGUGUCCAACGUGUCUUUCAGCGAGACGCAGUUCAUCGCUGUCACAGCCUAUCAGAACGAGGAGAUCACGGCUCUGAAGAUCAAAUACAACCCUUUCGCCAAAGCUUUCCUGGACGCCAAGGAGAGGAACCCGAACGGAAGGAAUUUACCAGAACCUGAGACCAGAGUAGGGAUCCAGUCCUGUCCGGGCUGGUCACUGUGUCCAGGCUCAGGAGGCGGGGCUUAUCCCUACCAUCACCAUGGAUACAAGCAUCACGGUUAUCACGGAUAUCCAGGAAGACACACUCCCUACCCCACCCCCCUGCUGCAGCCCCGUCCACAGCACCCAGUUUGUGAAGUUGAGGGCUGGAGUUCUCCUCAGGCUCCUCACAGCUCCAGUCAGCUUUGUCUUUGGACCUGCACCGACAUAAGCCCUGCCCCCUCGCCAUGCUCCUCGCUCCACGGACCAAUCAGUAGUGACGGCCUCCUGCAGCCAGCCAAUCACAGCCGAGGGGGCGGGUCCACGUGGCCUCCAGGACCCACCCAUUCAUUCUGA